GAGGUGGGGAGAUCCGGCUAGAGGGGAGGCUCCGACGUCUCCUUCCUGGUUCCUGCAGCAACUGCUGCCACUGCUCAUCUCCGUGAGGAGGGAGCCGGUGACUUGGAGCUGGUGACUCAGAGGCAGAGCGGCGUGAGGGCCAAGGAGCACUGGCGUCCAUGGACCCUGAGGACCCUGUCAGGACCAGGUGACAUCCUUCCCCUUCCACCCUGCUCCCUGCUCUUCGUCCUCAGCAGGGAGCAGCCUCUCCCUUCUCCAUGGACUUCCAAGAGAGGGAUCCUCCCUUCCUGCCUGAGAGCGCUCAGUCCUCAAAGCCCAGCAGUGCUCAGCAGGCCUCUGAGCUGUGGGAGGUGGUGGAGGAGCCUCAGGGCAGGCUGGGGACAGAGGGUGUCAUGCCUGAGAGGCAGGAGGGCCACCUGCUCAAGAAGAGGAAGUGGCCUCUGAAGGGCUGGCACAAGAGAUACUUUGUGCUGGAGGACGGGAUUCUUCACUAUGCAACAACCCGGCAAGAUAUCACCAAGGGGAAGCUUCACGGCUCCAUCGAUGUCCGGCUGUCAGUCAUGUCCAUCAACAAAAAGGCCCAACGCAUUGACCUUGACACUGAAGAUAACAUCUACCACCUCAAGAUCAAAUCCCAGGACCUAUUCCAGAGCUGGGUGGCCCAGCUGCGUGCCCACCGCCUGGCCCACCGCCUGGACAUGCCCCGUAGCACACUGCCCAGUACCACUCACCGGAAGGUUCCUGGUGCCCAGCUUCCAACAGCAGCUAGUGCUUCAGCCCUACCUGGGCUUGGACCGAGAGAGAAGGUGUCUUCCUGGCUGAGGGACAGUGACGGGCUGGACCGCUGCUCUCAUGGUGAGGGGCCCUUGGCACAGCAGCCCAAAGGGUUUACGCCCACCUCCAUGGUUCAGGAGGCCAUCUGCCUCUCCCAGGCUGUGAUGGUUACUGCUCCUUUUCUCCACCCUGUGAGUAAAAUUGCCCCCACCUUGACUUGCCAGGCCUCAGUGACAACCGAAAGACCCAAGAAGGGGAAACGGACCAGCCGCAUGUGGUGCACCCAGAGCUUUGCCAAGGACGACACCAUUGGACGGGUUGGUCGUCUCCACGGCUCUGUUCCCAACCUGUCUCGCUACUUGGAGUCUCGGGACUCCUCGGGCACCCGUGGGCUGCCACCCACAGACUAUGCCCACCUUCAGCGCAGCUUCUGGGCCCUGGCUCAGAAGGUGCACAGCUCCCUCAGCAGCGUCCUGGCCGCCCUCACCACUGAACGGGACCGACUAAGGGACAUGCACCAGGGCUCAGAGUUGUCAAGGAUGGGGGUCUCUGAGGUCCCCACUGGCCAGAGGCGCCUCCACUCACUGUCCACCUCCUCAGACACCACAGCAGACUCUUUCAGCUCCCUCAACCCUGAGGAGCAAGAAGCUCUGUACAUGAAGGGGCGCGAGCUCACCCCCCAGCUGUCACAGAGCAGCAUCCUGUCCCUUGCUGAUUCCCACACGGAAUUCUUCGAUGCCUGUGAGGUUCUCCUCUCCGCCAGCUCUUCUGAGAAUGAGGGCUCAGAGGAGGAGGAGUCAUGCACCAGUGAAAUCACCACCAGCCUGUCUGAGGAGGUGCUGGAUCUCAGGGGAGCUGAGCGCUGUCAGAAAGGGUGGUGUGUUCCAGGGAGACCCAUGGGGCCACCCCGCCGUCGCUGCCUGCCUGCGGCCAGUGGGCCUGGGGCUGACGUGAGCCUGUGGAACAUUCUGCGCAACAACAUCGGCAAAGACCUCUCCAAGGUGUCCAUGCCGGUGCAGCUCAAUGAGCCACUCAACACACUGCAGCGGCUCUGUGAGGAGCUGGAGUACAGCAGCCUCCUGGACCAGGCUAGCCGCAUCGCCGACCCCUGCGAGCGCAUGGUUUACAUCGCAGCCUUUGCUGUCUCGGCCUACUCCUCCACAUACCACCGAGCUGGCUGCAAGCCCUUCAACCCCGUCCUGGGGGAGACCUACGAGUGUGAACGGCCUGACCGAGGCUUCCGCUUCAUCAGUGAGCAGGUCUCCCACCACCCCCCUAUAUCGGCCUGCCAUGCGGAGUCUGAGAACUUCACCUUCUGGCAAGACAUGAAGUGGAAGAACAAGUUCUGGGGCAAAUCCCUGGAGAUUGUGCCUGUGGGGACAGUCAACGUCAGCCUGCCCAGGUUUGGGGACCACUUUGAGUGGAACAAGGUGACGUCCUGCAUUCACAACGUCCUGAGCGGCCAGCGCUGGAUUGAGCACUAUGGGGAGGUGCUCAUCCGAAACACACAGGACAGCUCCUGCCACUGCAAGAUCACCUUCUGCAAGGCCAAGUACUGGAGUUCCAAUGUCCAUGAGGUACAGGGUGCUGUGCUCAGUCGGAGCGGCCGUGUCCUCCACCGACUCUUUGGGAAGUGGCACGAGGGGCUGUACCGGGGACCCACGCCGGGCGGCCAGUGCAUCUGGAAACCCAACUCAAUGCCCCCUGACCAUGAGCGAAACUUCGGCUUCACCCAGUUUGCCCUGGAGCUGAAUGAGCUGACAGCAGAGCUGAAACGGUCGCUUCCUUCCACUGACACGAGGCUCCGGCCAGACCAGAGGUACCUGGAGGAGGGGAACAUACAGGCCGCUGAGGCCCAGAAGAGAAGGAUUGAGCAGCUGCAGCGGGACAGGCGCAAAGUCAUGGAGGAGAACAACAUCGUCCACCAGGCUCGCUUCUUCAGGCGGCAGACAGACAGCAGUGGGAAGGAAUGGUGGGUGACCAACAAUACCUACUGGAGGCUGCGGGCCGAGCCAGGCUACGGGAACAUGGAUGGGGCCGUGCUCUGGUAGCCUUGGCCCCGGGGGCAGGAGGCUCUGGUUACUCGCUACUCCUGCCCCCACCCGCUACCACGGACACAUGGGUGAGGCCAGGCUCCCCCCCAACUGCCCUUGAGACCAAAGGGGCAGCCCUGGUCCUCUCUCCCCUCUGCUGGCCAGAGGGGCUGCAUCUCAGCCCACCUGCACCCCACUGUUUGGGGUGAGAAGCAGAAUCUAUCUUCCCCAAUCUCCUUGCCCCAGACAAUCAGCAUGUAAGACCCUUCCUGCUUCACCAUUUCCCUUCCUGUCCCUUUGGGGUGCUUGGGGAAGACUCCGGCUCCCAGGAUCUGUUCCCCAUUUCAGUGCCUUCCUAGGACACAGGGGACCUCUUGAUGCUCCCCAGGCUUUCUGUGCCCAGGGUGCGUCCCCGGCAGUGAGGUUGCAGUGAGUGAAGGCGAGGAGAUGUUCUCCCCUCCCCUUCCCUUGCCCAUCUCCAGCAUCUUCUUCCCCUCCCUGGCCCCACAGGGCCUUCUCCAUCUCCUUUUGGUUGGUCCCUGGCCAUCCCUCCUGUCCUGGAUCCCUUCUCCCUAACUGCAAAAUGCCUGCAGCUUCCAGCUCCUUCGUCCCUGAUCCUCAAGUGGUUCCCUCCUGUCUCAGCUCAGCGGAUCCCCCAGAGUGGAGGAGUCCUCUCCAUGAGGAGGGGAGCAGCCCGAGGUGCCUGGCCUCCAACCCACCGGCAGCGAGUGCGCAGGUGUGAGUGUAAGUUCACGUAGGAGAGUGUGUGCGUGUGCACCUGUGCCCUGCUUGCAGGCGAGCAGGGCUCCUUCAUGUAGCCCGGCCUUCCCCCUGCUGGGGGUCCACCACAUCGCUGCUCUUUCUCACAGUCUGCCUCUGAUGAGGGCGAAUUGCUAUGACAUUCCAAGCUCCAAUAAAGACUGUCCCAGACUUUG